GACAGACAGAGAGCUGUCAGUUGUCACUGUGGCUGACUUUUGCAUUUCCUCCCUUUUCCUUUCUGUGACCUCAGGAGCUGGGCUGCUAUGACCUGCCACCCAUGCGAGUCAUGUCGGAUCCAGAGAUAUGGGUAGGAUGGAUGAGAACGAGAGGAUAAUCCUCAACGUAGGGGGUACGAGACACGAGACAUACCGGAGUACCCUAAAGACCGUGCCGGGGACCCGACUGGCACUACUGGCAUGCGAAUCGAACAGCGACCCUGCGCUGGAGCAGCAGCAACUCCCGGGACCCUUCCAGAGCGGCUGCCGGGGCAAUGAGUUCUUCUUUGACAGGCACCCAGGGGUCUUCGCCUAUGUCCUUAACUAUUACCGCACUGGCAAGUUACACUGCCCGGCGGACGUGUGCGGACCCCUCUUCGAGGAGGAGCUGGCCUUUUGGGGGAUCGAUGAGACGGAUGUGGAACCCUGUUGCUGGAUGACCUACCGCCAGCAUAGGGAUGCCGAAGAAGCCUUGGACAUCUUUGAGAAUCCGGACUUGAUCUCUGGGGAGCCAUCGCCUAUAGAUGAGGAUGAAGAAGACCCGGGGAAGAGGCUAGGGAUAGAGGACGUGGUUGGUGCUGAUGGAAAGGUUUGCCGAUGGAGAAGGCUGCGACCUCGCAUGUGGGCUUUAUUUGAAGAUCCGUAUUCUUCCAGAGCCGCCAGGUUCAUCGCCUUUGCUUCCUUAUUCUUCAUCUUGGUAUCUAUAACUACAUUUUGCCUGGAAACUCAUGAAGCAUUUAAUAACAUUAUUAACAAAACUGAGAAAGUAAAUAAUGGCACUGAAAUGGUGUCAUUAAUUGAGAUUGAAACUGACCCUGCAUUGACAUAUGUUGAAGGAGUCUGUGUGGUAUGGUUUACAUUUGAAUUUUUAGUACGUGUCACUUUCUGCCCUGACAAACUUGAAUUCAUCAGAAAUCUAUUAAACAUAAUAGAUUUUGUGGCCAUUUUGCCAUUUUACCUGGAGGUGGGACUAAGUGGACUUUCCUCCAAAGCUGCUAAGGAUGUACUAGGGUUUCUCAGGGUUGUGAGAUUUGUUCGCAUCCUUCGAAUUUUUAAACUGACCAGACAUUUUGUAGGACUGAGAGUGCUUGGGCACACUCUUCGAGCUAGCACUAAUGAAUUUUUGCUUCUCAUAAUAUUUUUGGCUCUAGGAGUCUUAAUAUUUGCCACAAUGAUCUAUUAUGCUGAGAGAAUCGGUGCCAGCCCGAAUGAUCCAUCAGCAAGCAAACAUACACAGUUUAAAAACAUACCCAUUGGGUUCUGGUGGGCUGUGGUUACUAUGACAACAUUGGGAUAUGGUGACAUGUAUCCUCAAACUUGGUCAGGGAUGUUGGUAGGUGCACUAUGUGCUUUGGCUGGAGUACUAACAAUUGCAAUGCCUGUUCCAGUCAUUGUUAACAAUUUUGGAAUGUACUACUCCCUUGCUAUGGCAAAACAGAAGCUUCCAAGAAAAAGAAAGAAAUAUAUCCCACAUGGACCUCAGGCUGGUUCCCCCACUUUCUGCAAGAUGGAUCUUAACAUUGGAUGUAACAGCACACAGGUGGAUGCAUGCCUGGGCAAAGAUAACCGAAUGAUGGAACACAAUAUGUCAGGUGAGGACAGUUCAGGUAGUGACCAACCCUUGUCACCUGGAGAAAGACACCCAAUGAGACGUUCUAGCACUAGAGAUAAAAACCGAAGAGCAGGAACUUGUUUCCUUCUGACGGCAGGUGACUAUGCGUGCAAUACAGAUGGAGGGAUACGUAAAGUGUUGUACGGAAUUUAUCAUGGAUUUGUGACUGCUGAAAAGGGGACAGUGGAAUUUAGCCAUAACAAGGACUGUACUGGAAAGAAACUCCUGCUGAUGAAUGGGCCCUAGAUGUAUGCUUCAAGGUAGUGAAUGAGAUCUGAUGUCCAGCCUAAUCUGCAAAGUGCAACAAUCACAGACUGAGUUGUUUCAGGUGCCAGAGACUGGAAAGGUCUCCAUUGGCAUAUACAUUGUAAAUAAAUGUGAGCAUGGAGUAUCAGCUAUUUUCCUCAAUCUAAGUACAUGUUCGAUUGUAUGGUUCUCAUCAAUUGAUGUGUGUAUAUAAACCCCAUAUAUUUUGGGUUACCUCACAAUCCCUGCAGUACUCUGGUCCGUGCUGUAGAUUGUAUAGAAAUGCACAUAAAACAUGUGUGUUAAUUUACCAUGAUCUGUAAAAGCAGAUAUAGCUUCAUUUAUUAUUACUAUGUGUAUUCCAGAAGAUGUAUAGUAGGCUCACGUUUACUAAGUGGUGGUAUUUCAGGAUUAUCUUGCAGGCCAGAUAGAUACAAAGCUGCCAGGUUAUUUCUGUCUCUCCUGCUGUGCUCCUCUAGAACACCACUACUUAGUAAUAUUGGCCAGUAAAUCAUAAACCACCAGAUAUGUGUAUUAUAAUCUCUACCUUUAUCCUAGGAUAUCUCAUGUUAAACAUGGCAGAUUUAUUUUACCAUUAAAAUGUACCUGUCUGGAUGCUGGCAUUUCUGCCAUUUUAUAGGAUAAAGUCUAAGUAUUAUUCUGACCAAUAAAAUCAUGGUGGUAACA